UCUUGUGACCUCAGUUUCUUCAAAACACAGAAUUGUUUUGGGGAUGUGAGGAGUGCACUUAACUUAGGUGAAUCUUCUUAACCCCCAGUAUAAACUGUCCGAUGCUCUGAACAAAGCUGCCUAUUGCACGAGACCUUAAUCUGCCUCAUUUUUAGGCUUCAUUCUCCCAGGUCCCACCGGCUUUAGUGGUAAACGAGUGGAGCCACGUAUCAGGGACCUGAAGCCAGUUAUGAGAUAAAAGAGUGGGGAUCCUCCGGGAAGAGAGAGGUGAGCAUAAUGGGGCAGAAGCCCUCGCCUUACGUCCAGCUUGUACGCCAUUGUUUAAAGAAAGGAGGAGCACAAAUAUAAUCCCUGGUUUCCAUAAGAAGAAACAUUAGAUGAAGGAUUAUGGCACAGAGUCCGAAAGAACCUUGAAAAGACAUAUAAACAGGGCGGGGGAGGAGAUUCCUGUGCGGGUUGGGGUCACUUGGGCAUUAAUUUGGACUGUUACCAAAAUACUUAAGGAAGAUGAGGAUAAUCAUAAGGAAGGGAGGGAUAAUUCUUUGAAUGAAUCGACUAUGGAUUGAUGAUCAAACCUUGAAGUUGGUAAGUAAUGGAGAAAGAGAUUUUCCCUGUUCAUGAACAACCAGAAGUAGGUUGCUUUGUGGCAGCAGCAGAAGAGGAGGAUGGCGGCCGCCUUAGCUGUUCCUGGAGUGGUUGCUGCACCGACUUUAGGGCUGAAGGCUCUCACCGCAGACUGAGGAGACCGAGGAGUCUCCCCAGGGUCCACGAUCACGUCUGUGUGAUUUGGUGGGGAUGUGAUUCUAGGGGCAGACUCCAGAACAACCACGGGGUCCUACGUCGCCGAUGGACUGGCAAGCUGACCCCCACCCUUGACCACGUCUUCGGCUGCCGCUCAGGCUCCGCGGCUGCUGCUACUCACCGAGGGGCAGGUGCACUCCCCUCCCAUGGGGGUAUGAUGGUCAGGCAGUCUUUCACCACUGGACGCUCCAGGAGCGCAUCCAUCUAUGAUUGCAUGGCCGCUACCUAUCAGGAAGGCAGGACCGAGCGGGAAUGUCCGCAGCUCACUGCCGAUGCUGUCGCUUCAGCUAUGGAACCAGAUGGCUCCGGUGGAGGGCUGAUCCGCUUGGCAGCCAUUCAGCAAUCAGGGGUACGCAGGAGACAGCAAUGGUUCCCUCUGCUCCCUUACUGCAGCCUUCUUCAGACACGCAUCCUACAUUGCCUGGAAAUGAUCGCGAAGCACGGGUGAGAAAUUUGGCAAUCUGAUCUUGAAUGCUCUUCGCUUUCUGAUGAGGA